AUGGCGCGCUGCCACCGUCGCUGGCGUAGGGCCUUGAUCUGCGUGUGCGGCCCGUGCAUCUGCCUCGUCCUGCUGUUCCUUUCCCUGGGCAUCAUGGUGUGUUCAAACAUGAAUAAUGCGGCAUCGCAGGCAGCCUCACAUUCAAUGCAUUCUCCACAAAGUGAUCACUUUGUGGCCUAUCGGAGAUUUAAAGAUAUGGACUUGACCUCAAUUCCGAAAACUUUCUGGAAGCUCCACGAAGAGGCUUUGUGGAACCAACUCCAGUUGGCCAUUGACCGUCACCUCAACCCCAUCCUGAAUCCGCAAAACGCUCAUCGGAGGUUCAAGAGUAGGGCCUCUUAUGAUUCCCUUCUGAGGCGAAGCUUCUCGCAGGUUACUGACUUGGAUCCCACGAGGAGAAAACUUGAGCAGCUACCACAGCAGAUGCGAGACUUUGUGAGCCACAUGAAACGGAGAAACUACCCGGUCCUCAUCCAGUCUCCAAAUGCAACCUGUGGAGCAGGAGCGGUCAAUGAGAAGGAACCGCCGCUGCUCCUCCUCUCCGUUAAGUCGACCCAGAUGAACUUUCAGAACCGUCAGGCCAUCCGGCAGACCUGGGGCCGGGUGGGCUGGGUGGCCACACACAGAAUGAACGGCGGUCUAAGACAGCAAGUCGGGGGAUAUAUCCGCCGGGUGUUCCUAAUAGGCAAAGAGUACACCCGAGAUUCUGCAUGGAAUGUAUCGGAAUUGUUGCAGAUGGAGGAUCAACAAUAUGGCGAUAUUCUGCAGUGGGACUUUGAAGACACUUUUUUCAACCUCACCUUGAAGGACGUUCUCUUCUGGAAGUGGUUCGCCCACCACUGCGGCCAGAUUCGCUUUGUAUUUAAGGGAGACGACGACGUUUUCGUCAACACGCCAAACUUGAUCAACUACCUCCACGACCAGCUAGAGAAGCCACACGCAGAUCGCACCAUGAAUGAAUUCAUGGUCGGCGAUGUCAUCGCCGCAGCUUUUCCCAAUCGAGUUCACCAGUCCAAGUACUUUGUGCCAGACAGCUUUUACGAGGGACUUUAUCCCACCUACGCAGGCGGUGGAGGAGUGGUGUAUUCAGGCCAGCUUGCUAAACGUCUUCAUAAAAUCUCUGGAAGAGUCCACCUCUUCCCUAUCGAUGAUGUAUUCGUUGGGAUGUGCAUGACUCGGCUUAACGCGCACCCCAUCCACCACCCGGGCUUCCUCACAUUUGACUUCCGUGGCGAUGAAGAGAAGGAGCCAUGUGCAUACCACACAAUCCUAUUGGUUCAUAAACGAAAUCCGACGCAGCUAAUUGAACUGUGGGAUGAAUUGUCGAAGACACGCAGCCAGUGUUUGUAUGGUCCACUGAGGAUUUCCGACAAGAACAUUUCAACUUCUUCUCUUCUUGCACUCGACGGUAAUAAUGUUGAUACCAAAACUGGGUCAAAAUAUAAAGUUUAUAAGCAUGAAAAAAAAAACUGAAAAUACAACAGAUGAUUUGUCAUUGUCAGUUACACGUAAAAAAAAAAAAGGUUUCAUGAGAUUCAAAUGUGGGCGCUCCUGCACCGCCAAUUACAUGCAAGAAUGAGUUCAGCCAUUAAAGCAUCCAGCAGCUGUGA